CAUGAUUCUGCGUCGGGUUCUGCGCCUUUCCUCCCUCCUUCGGUCUGCUGUUUCCAUCCACUUGCGCAGGAACAUCGGGCUUUCUGCUGUGGCCUUCAAUAAGGCAAAAGAGCUCGAUCCAGUUCAAAAGCUCUUCGUGGACAAGAUCAGGGAAUACAACACAAAGAGCAAGCAAACCGGAGGGCCUGUUGACGCAGGCCCUGACUUUCAGAAAGACAUGAGUGAAUCCCUUGCUAGACUUCAACGGGCGUAUGGUGAGGGAGAUCUAACCAAGUUUCCAGAAUUUAAAUUUGAGGAGCCCAACUUUGAGGAGACUCCAAAGUGAUCUCUGGAGGUUGUACACCAAACAGCAGUGUACAUCAGUGGAGUUGCUGAACAUGGCACCAGUUUAACUUAAUAAAUGCAGUGUUUCAGUUUGAUUUCAGAA